UACAGCCACAUGAAGGAUUUGCAUUUACAUUAGAAAAAAUCCCUGAACAUUGUGGUCGUAAUGCAUUUGAUUAUGAAUGGCGUAAAUAUUUUGGCAAAGCAAUAAAUAAACGUAUUGUUGGAGGUAGUGCUACAGCUUAUGGUGAAUGGCCAUGGUUAGCAUCAUUGAUGUUUUAUCAAACAGCGGAACAAGUUAAAAAACAAAAAGAAUUACAAACCAAAGCUGAUGAAGAAGAAUUAGAAUUUCUAGAUGAAAUUAGUAAAAAUAAUGAAAUAAUUUUAGAUGAAAUUGAUCCAUUUAUACCACCAUCACUUGUUUAUAAUUAUCCAGAUGGUGGUAGACGUUUUCAUUUAUGCGGUGGUACAUUAAUACAUCCACAAUGGAUAAUGACAGCGGCACAUUGUUUUUUCCCAAAUCCAUUUUAUCCACAUCUAUCAUCGGAUCCAUCAAGUUGGAUUGUACGAAUUGGUGAACAUGAUAUGUUGAAUGAAUCAAUGGAACACUACGAUAUGUCUGUGGCACAUGUUUAUGUACAUCCACAAUAUCAAUCUGCCUCUAGCAGUGGUUAUGAUAUAGCCUUGGUAAAAUUAACAAAACCAGUAAAAUUAAGUAGAUAUGUGAAUAUUGCUUGUCUACCAUCAGCUGGUGAAGAAGUACAGCCAGGUCAAGUCUGUAUAAGUGUCGGUUGGGGACAUGAAAUCGAUGUAUUACCGUUCCAGUGAACGAGAACACAAAAGGCGAUAAUCG